AUGAAUGGGAAUCGGGUGCACCCAGGCCAGAUCCUAAUUUGGGCUAUCUGGGUCCCUGCAGCCACUACCAAGGGGCCUUCUGCUGAAGGGUCACAGAGGAACACCAGACUGGGAUGGAUUCAGGGCAAGCAAGUCACUGUGCUGGAGCCCGUGCCUGUGAAUGUGUUCCUCGGAGUCCCCUUUGCAGCUCCUCCGCUGGGACCCCUGUGUUUUACAAAUCCACAGCCUGCAUCACCCUGGGAUAAUCUGUGAGAAGCCACCUCCUACCCUAAUUCGUGCCUCCAGAAGUCAGAGUGGCUGCUCUUAGAUCAACACAUGCUCAAGGUGCGUGACCCCAAAUUUGAAGUGUCAGAAGACGGCCCGUACCUUAACUUCUAUGCGCCGGUCCACGCCGAUGCAGGCUCCAAGCUCCUCAUAAGGCUGCCUGUCUUGGUAUGGUUCCCAGGGGGUGCCUUUCAGACUGGCUCAGCCUCCAUCUUUGAUAGGUCCUCCCUGGCUGCCUCCAAGGACGUGCUGGUUGUGAUCGCCCAGUACUGGCUGGGAAUUGGCUUCUUCACCACAUGGGAUCAGCAUGCUCCGGGGAACUGGGCCUUCAAGGACCAGGUGGCUGCUCUCUCCUGGGUCCAGAAGAACAUCGAGUUCUUUGGUGGGGACAUCUUUGGCGAGUCUGCGGGAGCCAUAAGUGUUUCUGGCCUUAUGCUGUCUCCCAUGGCCGAAGGCUUAUUCCACAAAGCCAUCAUGGAGAGUGGGGUGGCCAUCAUCCCUUACCUGAAUCUGCAAGUGGUGGCGUGCUUCUGUGGGUACAAUGCCUCAGACUCUGAGGCCCUGCUGAGGUGCCUGAGGACAAAAUCCUCCAAGGAGCUGCUGACCCACAGCCAGAAAACAAAGUCUUUUACUCGGGUGGUUGAUGGUGCUUUCUUUCCUAACGAGCCUCUAGUUCUAUUGUCUCAGAAAGCAUUUAAAGCAAUUCCUUCCAUCAUCAGAGUCAAUAACCACGAGUGUGGCUUCCUGCUGCCUCUGAGGGAGGCUCCUGAGGUCCUCAGCGGCUCCAACAAGUCCCUUGCCCUCUCUAUGAUAUACAACAUCCUGCACGUCCCGCCCCAGUAUUUGCACCUUGUGGUUAAUGAGUACUUCCAUGACAAGCACUCCCUGACUGAAAUCCGAGAGAGUCUUCUGGACUUGCUUGGAGAUGUGUUCUUUGUGGUCCCUGGGCUGAUCACAGCUCGGUAUCACCGACAUGCUGGAGCACCUGUCUACUUCUACGAGGUUUGGCACCGGCCCCAGUGCUUUGAAGACACGAAGCUAGCUUUUGUCAAAGCCGACCACGCUGAUGAAGUCCGUUUUGUGUUUAGUGGUGCCCUCCUGAGGGGAGACAUUGUUGUGUUCGGAGGAGCCACAGAGGAGGAGAAGUUGCUGAGCCAGAAGGUGAUGAAAUACUGGGCUAACUUUGCUCGAACCGGGAAUCCUAAUGGGGAUGACCCGCCCCUGUGGCCGGCCUAUAAUCUGACAGAGCAGCACCUGCAGCUGGACUUGAACAAGAGCCUCAGACAGAGGCUCAAAGAGCAGCGGGUGCAGUUUUGGACGAGCACCAUCCCGAUCCCGUCUGCCUCUGACAUGCUCCACGGUCCUCUUUCCUCCUUAACCUUCCUCUCUCUCCUCCAGCCUUUCUUUUUCUCUUGUGCUCCUUGA